UAAAGGAACAUAUUAGUACCUAAAGUGUAUCCUUUUGAAAGGGUGUCAAAUAAAAGACAAAUUAGUUCAUGAUUAAUAUAAAGCUGGGGUGUAUUUUUAUAUCCAUCGAAGUUCACAGUGACUAAAGGACAGCUAAGCAGGUUUGGUUGCCAUGAUGUCCAACUCCAUGGUAACAGCCAGCAGAUCUUUCUCCCCCAUCACUUAAAAGACAGUAAUUACUUCCACAUGGAGUCUCCAGCUCUGUGCACAUCGGUCACUCACAGAAGUGCCCCAAAGAACAAGGGGCACAAUCAAGUGGCUCACAUUGAUGCUCAGUAUUUAAAGCUUGAACCACAGGCGCAACAAAACUAUGAUGUUCGUUAUAGGUUGCCAAAUUGAUAUUCAAACGCAUUCACUCCUCACCCGUUGAUCCAUAAUGCAACAGCACAAGGGCCUUGAAAUGGAAAUUAAACUCAUUGUGCUUUUGGGGUGGAGUGGCAUCGCCUUGUCGUCCAAUUAGGGGAUGUGAAUAGACACAAUGCGUCCACACUAAAGCCAUCAUCUUUAUGAUUAGCUUUACAAUGGUUAAAAAACCGACAUACAGUUUAAACGUGAUGCUGCUCUCGUGGGUUAAACCGCACAGAUCAUCUUCACAGCUGUGGGUGUUGCAUGUCGCGGGUUGCUUUGCGCCAGAAUUAGUGCUAUGUCCUCUUUUUCUUAAGCAAAAAGCAUAACGGUCUGUUUAAAAGCAGAAGUGGCUUUGCACAAUGUUCACGAUGGAGAUUAUUAUCAUAAAACCAUUAAUUGUGUUCCUAUAAAGCAACUGGUGUCAGCCCCAUGUGUGCCAGGAACAUGAUCUAGGAGGCUAGGAAACUUGCUUGUGUAUGUCUCUCACAAACUCCCAGCGUUAAGCUGAUAAUUGGUCAUUAUUUUAAACCGGAGGCUUCGAUGCACCCUGCAUUCCCUCCUACCAGUUACCUCCUGCCUAGUCGAUGACUCUUUCCUCUGUGAUGUGUGCUGCUGCUUCCCAGUGUGCUGUGUUGUUUGUGGGUGGAUGUGGGGCUCCUCUUCCUGAAGGCUUGGGUUGUGUGUAGUACAUCUGUGUGUGUGUGUGGGGGAGGCUGUCUCACCUGUCCAUCUCUUGGACUUUCUCUGUCAGUUCACUGUGUGGGGACGGUCAGGGAAGGAGCCGGGGAGCUAAAUUCUAAGGUCGUAUGAUAUCUUUUUAGUUUUUGUUGUUGGAUAUUGACUAAAAACUGGACAUAAACGCAGAGUUAAGCUUUAGAACUUAGUGUUUAGGGAGGUUUUGUAUGUGUUUGCACUGUAUGUGGACAUUUAGCAGUUUGGACCAGUUGUUGUACUGUUAUGAAUAUUUAUCUUUUUACAUGCAUAAAGCUUUGUGUAAUGUAAAUCUGUUUAAACGUAGCAGACAUAAGCAAAUGAUGUAUAUAUAUGUAUGUAUAUGUAUAUAUAUGUAUACACAAACUCAGACUCUUGGUUUAAGAGCAUAUUUUGGUACUAAAUGAACCCACUUCACUAAUUACAUACCAUUGCUAGAGAUGACCCGGACAGUAAUUCGUUUUGGUUGAGUGUCACUUCCUUAUUCUGCCUGGAGAGCAAGAACAGUUGUUUUUAACACAGAAGUGUUUAGUAUGGACACAAUAUCUUUUUAAUGCAAUUUGCAAUGAUCUUUUUUCAGUUAAUUGUUUGUACUGUUAUGUUUGUACUGUCACCUCCUCUGUAGUACAAUACCGUGUUUACUGUAAAUAUUGCUGCUACAAAAUACUUAGCACCAAUAGCAUCAUUCCUUACCCUGAGAGUUGUGUCUAGGUCAAAUCAGACUCUAAAUGAGAUAGACUGGUUACAUUGCUAUAAUUAGUCCAGGCAGUCACUACUGAAGGGUCAGAAAGCCCUUAUAAUCUGCCCUGGACAUCCCCGUGUUGAUAAUCAGGACGUUCAUGAGCUGAGCAGAGCCUCAUUUCCUUGAGUGCCUUUCACUUCAUUAUGACAUGAUGUCAUCACCCGUGAACUCACAAUGCACCUUUGUAAUCAACUGGCUUUGCUAGUAUUAACGCGAUUUGGAAGGCAAAUAGUCCUGGUGUAAACCCCAGGAAAAUCUGUGCUACGACAGGCGGAGUUAGCUUUCCAAAUUCAUAAUAAUGUUAAUCACCAGUCUAAACUCAUGUCUAGACGACCCUCCUAAAAGGAGAAAUAUACGUAAUGUUGUGAUGUUGUGGAGUCCCAUCAGGGUUUUCAACCAAAAGGACAUACUUGGUAGAUCAGAUCUACUAAUCUCUUGUGAAGUCUGAUGUCGAUGAGGUUAUUUUGUGUUUUCUUAAUAUAAUUGCCUAUUAUUCGACCAUUUCGGGAAGCACUGGCAUGUGUUAGUUUAAACUAGAUAAUCUCCAUUUUAAGGAUUAGGUUUAAAUCUUGGUCAAUGGAGGUCAAUGUAACAAGCUUUCAGCAGUUUUAGAACUUAGUGCUAAAAUGGUUAAUCUAUGCUGACCAGCUGCGUUUUCAAUCAACAGCCUCAGGGGGAACUUUAGAAAAAGAACUGUAUUAUUCCAGCCACCAUGGACACUUUUUUCCGCCGCCAUUUUAAGAGGAAGGAAGCAGGAGAAGACAUUCAUGAUGGCCAUGUACCUGAACCCUGUCGACACAGGAGGCCAAGCAUUGCAGUGCCAGCCAGCCGUGCCCGUCGACGUUCCAGUGUAGGUCUUGCAUCCACCGCGUUGACCCAGCGACGCCGAUCCAGUGUCCAACUUCAGGCUUUACCUCGAAUCACUAGUAUUCAACCGGUUCAGAAAAGUAGUGGUAGACGGCGCUCCAGCACCACCACCCCGAAAGCCAAUCCUCGCUUUGCCGUACACCGGAAGAAAGUGAGCAAGCUCCGCAAUAUAGACACACACCUCUUAGGUCCAUCCAUGCUGCUGGCCAGCUUAAUUCAGAUGACGAAAGAGGAGGAAGAGGAUGAGGAGAGCCGAAGUCCAUUGCCAGGGCAAGUGGAACUCAAGGGGUGCAGCACGAAGUUCAGGAGCCACACAGAUGUGCUUCUUUCAGAAGGUGACAGCGACAGUGAUAGCGAGGACUCCAGCGGCCACUCGGAUGAGAGUCAUCACUCAGGGCUGCCCAAGGAGUUCCUAGAGGAGGCAGAUUUGUCAGACUGGGAGAUCAAAGAGUCUGCUGUUUUAUGCCAGCAGGAUAAAUGCUUUCCUCUGGCCGUGGUGGCAGAGCGUGUCCAGGCCCACCCGCUGAUCCGAGUUCCCCGCUGCCUCCGGAGGAACUCGUCACAUUAUGGCUACGCGGAGCCGGGACCGCACGGCCGCUACUACCGUAGCAGCCAGAGGAGGCGCCGUCGACGGGUCUCCACCAUCUCAAAAGCGGGAAGCCCCUGGCCAGGAAGAGGCCUGCCGCUUCCUAACCGAAGAAGCUCUACCUGCUUCAGGGCUCAUGCGACUCUCAAUCCUCUCCUGGGAGCUUAUUACGAUCCCAGGCUGGAGUCUUGGAGUGGAUUCUUGUCGAAAGCCAUUGCCAAGGCUGGUGUGCAGGACAAUGCUGCCCAAUCUGGCACCAUAAUACCAGCCAAAUGUGAACCCAUCAAAGAGAUCUGCAGCACCGUGGAUUGGACUGAAAAUGCCCAGUUUGGUCAACACGUGUGGUUUGAGACCAGUCCGUCUGGAGACUUCUGUUACGUUGGAGAGACGUAUUGUUUUGCAAAGUCACUGCAAAAAUCUCUUCCUCGCCACAAAUGUGCAUCCUGCAAAAUAGCAGUUCACACUGUAUGCAUGGAUCAGCUGGAGAAGAUUAACUUCAGAUGUAAGCCAUCAUUUAAAGAUCCAGGGAUGAGAAAUGUCCGAGAGACUCCAAACAUGAGACAUCACUGGGUCCAUAGGAGACGACAAGAUGGAAAAUGCCGGCAGUGUGGAAAGGGUUUCCAGCAGAAAUUCUCCUUCCACAGUAAAGAUAUUGUGGCCAUCAGCUGCUCUUGGUGUAAGCAAGCAUACCACAACAAGGUGACCUGCUUCAUGCUGCAGAAAAUCGAAGAGACGUGUUCCCUCGGAGCUCACGCGGCUGUGAUCAUCCCUCCAACCUGGAUCAUCAGAGUCCGCAGACAGCAGGCAUCACUGAAGAGCAGUAAAAGAAAGAAGAAAACAUCUCUGAAGGCCAAACCCUGCAAGAAAGCCACAGAGGACAGCAAAUGGAAGCACUUUAUUGUGCGAGCGAUUCCUUCCCAGCUCAUGAAGCCUCUGCUGGUGUUUGUCAAUCCGAAGAGUGGCGGAAACCAGGGAACUAAAAUUAUCCGCUCUUUCAUGUGGUACCUGAACCCCCGGCAAGUGUUCGACCUCACUCAGGGAGGUCCGAGAGAGGGGUUAGAAAUGUACAGCAAAGUGCCCAACCUGCGUAUCCUAGUUUGUGGCGGUGACGGAACGGUUGGGUGGAUUCUCUCAGUCCUGGAUGAGCUCCAGUUGAACCCUCAACCCGCUGUGGCCGUGCUUCCCCUCGGGACAGGAAAUGACCUGGCCAGGACUCUCAACUGGGGCGGGGGCUACACGGAUGAACCGGUGUCCAAGAUCUUGUCCCAUGUAGAAGACGGCAACAUCGUCCAGCUGGACCGAUGGAACCUGAGCGUGGAGCCCAAUUUGGAGGCCAGCGAGGAGGAGAGAGACGAACACCAGACCGACAAGCUUCCCAUUGACGUCUUCAACAAUUACUUCAGCCUCGGAUUUGAUGCACACGUGACCUUAGAGUUUCAUGAAUCCCGAGAGGCUAAACCAGAACGGUUCAAUAGUCGACUUCGCAAUAAAAUGUUUUAUGCAGGGACAGCCUUCUCAGACUUUUUGAUGCGCAGCUCCAAAGAUCUGUCCAAACACAUCAGGGUUGUGUGUGAUGGUACUGAUCUAACUAGUAAAGUGCAGGAUAUGAAACUGCAGUGCCUCCUGUUCCUCAACAUCCCCAGAUAUUGCGCUGGUACGAUGCCAUGGGGGAACCCAAGUGAGCACAAUGACUUUGGGCCACAGAAACAUGACGAUGGGCUCAUUGAGGUUAUUGGCUUCACCAUGACCUCUCUGGCGACGCUGCAGGUUGGAGGACAUGGCGAGAGGCUUCAUCAGUGUCAAGAGGUGACCCUGACAACCUUUAAGCCCAUUCCUGUGCAGGUGGAUGGAGAACCCUGUCGACUGGCUCCAUCCGUCAUACACAUCACCCUCAGGAACCAGGCCAACAUGCUGCAGAAGACCAAGAGAAGAAUCUCUCUACCACAACUAUAUGAUCAGCUGCCCAUCACAGAGAAAAUGCAGAUCCAGGUGAACCGUAUCAGCAUGCAUGAUUAUGAAGCUCUUCAUUAUGAUAAGGAGCAGCUCAGGGAGGCCUCGAUUCCUAUGGGGAUAAUUACAGUUCCCGGGAACAGUGAUUUGGAGACGUGCCGGUUGCAUAUCGAGAGGCUACAUGAGGAGGGGGAUGGUGUGAAUACAGACACACUGCACAUGCCAAAGCUUUCACCAAAAUGGUGCUUCCUGGAUUCUACUACAGCAGACCGUUUCUACAGAAUAGACCGUGGUCAGGAGCAUCUAAACUAUGUGACGGAGAUCUCUCAGGAUGAGCUUUUCAUCUUGGACCCGGAGCUGGUCACCAAGGAGACGGUGGGCACAUCGCCCGGAAUGCCGGGGGCGAUGGAAAGUGUUGGGGGAUGUUCCAAUAGCACAGACCAGUUUGCUUUUCCUGCCUGCUCUGCCGGACCUUCUCCACUGUGCAGGUUAGAUUCGGGCUGGAAUGACAGCGAUCAAGAAUCAAUCGGUUUGCUCUUAGAUGCCGUAAAGUCUGGCAACCUCGAAAAGCUGGUUCAGAUGCAUGAAGGCGGGGCAAACCUGUUGGUCCAGGACCGUUUUGGCUGCACCCUCCUCCAUCAUGCAGUGGUUUUAGGCAGUAAAGAGAUUGUGAAGUAUAUCAUUGAUAACGCUCCGGCUUGCAUCCUUGAUGUGACCGAGAAAUCAACAGGGGAGACGGCCCUGCAUAAGGCAGCUGCGUUGUGCCAGAGAACAAUCUGCUAUUACCUGGUGGAGGCCGGAGCAUCCCUCAUGAAGACAGAUCUACAGGGUGAAACUUCAAAGAUAUAUGCCGAAAGAGCUCGAGACGUGGAGUUGGCCGCUUACUUGGAAAACCGACAACACCACCAGAUGAUCCAGAGGGAGGACCAUGAGACGGCUGUGUGACCGGCCUCCGCAUCCAUCCUUUCCAUCCGAGUCUUAUCUGCUCUCUCCCGUGGCCGGUUUAUCUGGUGCGGCCACACGUUAGUGAUGCUAUGAGGCAGCAUGGGUGCGGAAAUUAGUUUGUUGCUCUCUGUAUUGAUUGUAAUGCCAAAAAGACAGUGUUUGUGUCAUGUUUCAGAAUGCAUGAGUUUGCUACGUCACGUCCAGCUUUCAGGGCUCCGCUCCUUACGACCCAAUGUGCAAAACGUUGGAUAUUUCAGGGCUGAAAUACCACGUAUGAAAGUGGCUUUUACUAUAACUACUAUAAAGAAAACCAGACAAACCUCAUGAGAGAUUAACAGGAGAGGUUUUUGCUGCUUCUGAUUAUGUAAUAUUAAUGUUUGAAUUCUAGAUUGCAUAUCUAAUAGUUUUACAGAUUUGAUGUAACCAUAGAGGCUUCCUUUAGCUUGGCUUCCAAUUCACGUGUUUGUUCUGAUUGGAGAUAGACGUUGUUUUCAUAGCCUCCUGCGUUUAAGAAUGCUUCCUCAGCUGUUGCUUACGGCCAGUUUCUCUCUUUGUGGUAAAUGCUUGAAUUUCAUAAAAACAUUCCAUUAAUUACAACCUUAGCAUUAAACCAGUUCUCUAUUCAAAAUAUAUUAUAAACGGUAAUCAUUUCUUAGUUAGUAGAUUUGCCUAUGACCAUACAUUUUUGCCUAAAUAAAUGAAGUUUCCUUCAGGGAUGUGUUCAUAUCUCUUAGCAUAGAUUGCUUGCACUGACUGCUUUUAAAAUGAAAAUUUAAGGUUCUUUACAGAAUUACAGAAGUCAUGCAGCAAUGCGAACCUGUUGGUUUUGGUUUCCGGCCAAAUCGAGCAUGUUAAGUACACGUUUUAGAUGUUUUUAGAUGAGAUAUCACAUUUUCAGUGACAAAUGGCUGGGUAACAGACUUACCCAUUUAUUUACAUAUAUUUAUAUCAUCGUCUGCGGUUUCAAUUCUUGUAUAUUCAACCAGGUCACUUUAUGUUACUUGUACAAUUGACUAAAUGCUCGAAUAAUAAACGAGACAGAAAACUGGUCUUUUUUUUUUUUUUUUACAAGUUGCCAUAGUGUGUUUGUGGUGAGCUGUCAUUAUGAUAGAAUAUGUAUUUUGUCAGUGCUUUGUAUGAGUUGCUAUGCAAUUCCAAAUAGAUGAUACGUGUAUAUAAUCCGUCAAACAUUUUAAAAAUGUGUAAACAGUAUGUUCUGAUAUAAAGGUCUUUCAUUUGUAUGUGAUAUAAACUUAGAUAAUGCUUUAUUUAUAAGAGUAGAUAAGACUUUUGUUAGAGGAGGAGUCAUAUAUUUGUUCUCGGGGUUGGAUUGUUACUGUCUACUUGGGAGAAAAGAAAUAAAGACUUUAAAAAACAAGUAUUUGUUAUUGGAAUAUCUACUUUGAUUAUAAGGUUGAAUUGACUGAGAUCAGUGAUGUAGUAAGUGGUGAAUGCAUACGUCGUCAUCAUUAUUUUUCUCUUAUUGCGCAGCAACGGCUUGGUAAACUGUGUGUAAUGUUGAACUCUGCCUCUUCCUAGGAGGUCUUUAUGUCUGAAUGAGUUACCGGCUAUGAUGGAUGUGUUGACAAUUGUGAGUCAUCUAUCAUUUCGGAGAUAAGCCUAUAGUUUUCUCUCUCCUGCUCUAGCUCCUGGAGAAUAGGGAAAGCACGUAAAUGUUUUUUAAAAUUAGUUUAACCUCAGCUUAACCUCAGCUUAUUUUAAAUUUGGUAGAUAGAAUGUUAAGUCAAAAAAACUUUUCACACAAAUUCAUCUGAAC